UUUUAUUCGUCAAAAAAAUGGAACUCGCACUCCUCCUGGAAAAGAUGAAUUUAUCAGCUCCCUCCAACCCCCGGAAGAUGUUCUGCGCAUUUGAUGCUAUGCAGGGGAUAGUUAGAAAUAUUAGUGACAAACUGGCACUCGUGGGAUUCCAAAAGACGAAAUAUAUGGAUUUUAACUUGUACAUUGAUCUACCGAACACCUACUAUGCCGAGUUGGAUUUGCCAGUAAAGCUUAAUUUUCCCGAUAUUCAACCAAUACGAAACAACAAUGGACUGAUCUACUUGAAAGCCCUCAACGUUCCCUGUUCAAACUUGGAACUUUUAUCGGUUGAUGGCUUCGUUCGUAACGACUGUGUCCAACACUAUGUGAAUAGCAAGUUGAACGAUAUAAUAGCAACAGCUCCAUACGGUUGGAGUAUGGAGUUCAUCCAUGGAAGACACUAUUACCACACCAUCGAGGCCAAAUCCGAGUUGAUUACCGUCUAUAUAAAUAUAGUUCCGGUAUUCGAGUUCGAGAACAAGCAGUGGCCCCUUCCAGAGCCUUCAGUUCCUCUCUCGGUGCGCAGCAAGCAUCCCUGGUUUGCGGUUCCAUGGCAAAGUUCUGUGAACCAGGAUCAUCGCGCCUUCACGGUCUACGCCCCGUUUUGGUUAACCCAAACGCUCGAACAAUAUCCCAAUUCGAUUCAAUUUCUGAAUCUACUAAUGUCCUGUCAUGCUAAGCGCUUCAAGGAUUUCCCAAGCUUCUCGAUAUACAUGCUGAAAUCGUUUGUGCUUCAACAUGUCUUUAAGAAUGGAGAUGUGGGACAUGAUCAAUUAAUUCAUCUUAUGCCUGAAUUGAUGGCCCGACUUAAUAACGGGAGGCUCGAGUCCAUCCUAAUAAAGGAUCACAAUAUGAUGGAGUGCAUGAGCUUCGAGGAUCUCCAGAAAUGUCUUGCUACACUCAAGGAUCUUCACACAGAAGCUCCAUACGAUAGUCAUGAGUUUUGGGAUAAUUUGCUGGAAAGAGUUCCAGCCGCUGCCUGGUUUUCGAAAUACAUUUCUCUAUAUUCGUACUCAAAUCAAUUGGUAUAAAGAAGGAGAUGGCCUGGAUUUACCUAAAAGAGAUUACUAUUUUUAUUUUUUUAUUUACAAUUCAUGUAAGACUAUAUUAUUUUUCAAAUCAAAUGGAA